GAGCAGCCCGGCCGGGAGAGCCCCUCAGCAUCCCCAAGCGCAGGCCCCGGUCUCCUCCCCGUCCCCUCAGCGCUGUCCCGGACCCCAAGGGCGCCCCAAAUGCUGCCCCAGAGCCCUGAGUGCCCCCCAGUUCCCUCCCUUGUUCCCCAGGAGCAGCUCGGGGACCCCCAGGCCCUGCUCAGGCCCCGCCCCUGCGGGCCAGAGAGGGCGGAGCCUGUGCUUGGCUCCACCCCCUGCAGCUCCGCCCUCAACGACCCCCUCGUCCAAUGGCGCUUGAGGCGGUGCCGAGGGGAGGAGCCAGCACUAGACACACCCCUGGCGGGCGGGGCCCUGCAGGGGGCGGGGCCUCGGGGGUCACGUGACCCAGCGGAGGCCCCACGGCCAAUCGGGAGCCGCCUCUGCGGGCACCGGGGGGCGUGGCCAUCCCCGGCCAUCUCCCAGGAGCCCUUGCGGCGGGAGCCAUGUUGGGAGUCACGUGACCCAGCGGAGGCCCCGCGGCCAAUCAGGAGCCACCUCUGCGGGCACCAGGGGGCGUGGCCAUCCCCGGCCGUCUCCCAGGAGCCCUUGCGGCGGGAGCCAUUUUGGGAGUCACGUGACUGUGGCGGGGCUCUGUGGCGUGCGCCAUAUUGGAAGGCCGGCGGCUCAGAGGACGCCCUGCGGCCUGCAAGGGAGGCACUUCCGGAACCCCUGCACCGGGCAGGGCCGGGCUCGAGGCCACGUGACCCCCGCGAGGCCCCGCAGCCAAUCAGGAGCGGCGCCUGUGAUGCCCAUCAGGGGGAGCCGUGGGAGCAGCCACUGGGCCCUGCCGGGGACCCCCUGCUCCGGAUGCUGCGGUGCCACCGCCGGGCCCUGAGGGGACGCCUUCGGGCCGUCGAGAGCCUCCUGCAGUGCCCACCUGGGCAACCCCGGCCCGCGGUGGGGCCACUAAAGCAGUGACACCCCAAAACUGCACCAGGGAGCCAGGAGACCCCCCAAAACUCCCUCCCUGUGGGAUUGCCCCCAACACCCUCUGCCCCCAACACCCUCUGCCCCCAAUGCCCUCUGCCCCCAAUACCCUCUUCCCCCCGAUGUCCCCAGGAGCAUUUGGGGGUUCUGGGGGCUCUAAAGAGCUGUGGGUGGGGUGCUGGUGUCCCUACGGGGUCCAUGAGGGUGCUGGGUGUCCCUACGGGGUCCAUGAGGGUGCUGGGUGUCCCUGGGGAGUCCCUGAGGGUGCUGGGUGUCCCUGGGGGGUCCGUGAGGGUGCUGGGUGUCCGUAGGGGGUCCAUGAGGGUGCUGGGUGUCCCAGGGGGGUCCAUGAGGGUGCUGGGUGUCCCUACGGGGUCCGUGAGGGUGCUGGGUGUCCCUGGGGGGUCCGUGAGGGUGUCUGCUGGGAUUGGCGUGAUCACAAUUUGGAGAGAGACCCUGAGGCAGAAUCAUCAACAGUUCAGGUUUUAAUUAAAACUGGAAUCAAAACUGCGA